AUGGUGAGUGAGAACAAUGAGUAUUCCCAGCAGGAAGAUGCUGAGCAACUGGAACCACAUGGGACAUUAGCAGGAAGAUGCAAAGAGAAAGUUUCUGGGAGCUGUAGAGAGGCAAAAGCCUGUGAGAAUCAGCAUAGGCCAGAGAAAAGCUUCAGUAGUGGCUCAGACCUUAUUCGACAUGAAAGAAUUAAUAUGGGAAAGAGACCUUACACAUGCUCUGAGUGUGGGAAAAGCUUUAGUCAGAGCUCAACCCUCAUCACACAUUACAGAGUUCACACUGGAGAGAGGCCGUACACAUGCCCUGAAUGUGGGAAAAGCUUCAGUCAUGGCUCAGCCCUUAUCACACAUCAGAGAAUCCACACUGGAGAGAUGCCUUACACAUGCCCUGAAUGUGGGAAAAGCUUCAAUCACAGUUCAAAUCUCAUCAAACAUCGAAGAAUCCACACAGGAGAGACACCCUACACAUGCUCUGAGUGUGGGAGAAAUUUCUGUCGGAGUUCAGCCCUUAUCACACAUCAGAGAAUCCACACGGGUGAGACACCCUAUUCGUGCGCCGAGUGCAAGAAAACCUUCAGUGAGAGUUCAGACCUUAUUAGGCAUUGGAUAAUCCACACAGGAGAGAAACCCUACACAUGCCCUGAGUGUGGGAAAAGCUUCAACCACAGCUCAAACCUGAUCACACAUCGGAGAAUCCACACCGGAGAGACACCCUACACCUGCCUUGAGUGCGGGAAAAGCUUCAGCCAGAGCUCACACCUCAUCACACAUCAGAGAAUCCACACGGGAGAGCGACCCUACACGUGCUCUGAGUGCGGGAAAAGCUUCUGUCGAAGCUCAAACCUCAUCACACAUCAGAGAAUCCAUGUAGGGAAGACACUCUGCUCAUGCUCUGAGUGUGGGAAAAGCUUCAGUCGGAGCUCAGCCCUUAUUAGUCAUCAGCGAAUCCAUAGAGGAGUGACAAACUACACGUGCCCUGAGUGCGGGAAAAGCUUCAACCGGAGCUCACACCUCAUCACACAUCGGAGAAUCCACACAGGAGAGAAACCCUACACGUGCUCUGAGUGUGGGAAAAGCUUCAGUCGGAACUCAAAUCUGAUCACUCAUCAGAGAGUCCACACUGGAGAGACACCCUACACAUGCUCUGAGUGCGGGAAAAGCUUUAGUCAGAGCUCAACCCUCAUCACACAUCAGAGAAUCCACACAGGAGAGAGACCCUUCAAGUGCCCUGAGUGCGGGAAGAGUUUUAGUCAGAGCUCAACUUUUAUCAAACAUAAGAGAAUCCACAUAGGCGAGUAAUGCCAUAAAUGU